GCUGCUACACCCAGGAGCCCUGUCCCUUCAGCACCAUCAGUUCGAAGAUCUCGAUCGAGGGAAAACCAGCCCUGCUCUUCAGAUUGGCCUGAAUCUGGCCUGACUCUUCAAGCGUGGUUUGCAGUCUGGGAAGUGAGGCUCAAGAAUGGUGAAGCUGGGGAGUAAUUUGAGUGACAAGAACAGCAAACAGCCUUCUGGUGAGGACGGCUUUCAGACUGUUCCUUUGAUAACACCCUUGGAAGUAAAUCACCUGCAGUUUCCUGCUCCAGAGAAGGUGAUUGUGAAGACAAGGACAGAAUACCAGCCUGACCAGAAGAAUAAAGGAAAACUCCGGGUGCCGAAAAUUGCUGAGUUUACAGUCAGUUUUACUGAUGGAGUAACAGAAAGAUUAAAGGUCACGAUUCUCGUCAGCCUGGCUCUGGCAUUUCUUGCCUGCAUUGUGUUUCUGGUGGUUUACAAGGCUUUCACCUACGACCACAGCUGCCCAGAUGGAUUUGUUUAUAAGCAUAAGCGUUGCAUCCCCACCUCCCUGGACGCCUAUUACUCAGCACAGGAUUCCAGCUCCCGGGGCCGGUUCUACACUGUCAUAAGCCACUACAGCGUGGCCAAGCAGACCAGCUCCAGGGCCAUCGCACCCUGGCUCUCUGCAGCAGGACCUAUAAGCCACGAAUCAAAGGCUGUGAAGGCAGAUGCCCAUUAAAG